AUGGCGACGGAAGUAGGAGCCGAGUCAAUGGCCACGGCGGCGGAGAAGGCUCCGGUCACGGCGGAGAGGAAGGUCCGGACUAAUCUCGAGGAUCGUCUCCCCAAGCCAUAUGUUCCUCGAGCUAUGGUGGCUCCAGACACGGAAAACGUGAACGGGACAUGGGGUCACAAGCACCAGAACAUGUCUGUUCUUCAGCAGCACGCUGCCUUCUUCGACCAAGAUGGCGACGGUAUCAUCUACCCCUCGGAGACCUUCAAAGGAUUCCGUGCACUCGGUUUCAACAUGAUCUCCAGUUUCUUUCUCACGAUGAUCAUACACAUUGCUUUGAGCUACAAUACACUGCCUACUUGGGUACCAUCGCUUUCCUUCCCGAUUUACGUAGAAAACAUCCAUAGAGCCAAACACGGGAGCGACACCGGAACAUAUGACACGGAGGGAAGAUACAUUCCGGUGAAUCUGGAGAAUAUGUUCAGUAAAUACGCGCGCACAGUGCCUGAGAAGCUGACACUCGGGGAGAUAUGGAGUAUGACAGAGGCCAACCGCAAUGCCUUCGACUUCUUCGGCUGGGGAGCGAGUAAAAUGGAGUGGGGAGUGCUCUACUGGCUGGCGAAAGACGAGAACGGUCACUUAUCCAAGGAGGCUGUGAGGAGAUGCUUCGACGGGAGCUUGUUUGAGUACUGUGCCUCCGCCUCCGCCAGAGGCUCUUCCCAAAAGACGGAGUGAUGUGAGAUCAAACUCCCAUUUCUACCUUGGAGUCUUGGACACAUGCGCUCUUGAUUGAUGCCAUUAUGACACUCAUCCACUCUGUGAGAGAAAUGCAAAAACCACAUCUCCUUCAUUCGAUUUUCAGAUAUUGUUUUCCAUAGUUUUGCUUUUUUCCGUCAAAAUAUCUGGAUUCGUAUUUCUUAUAUCAGGACCCAAAUACGUCUUCUACAGCUAAAUUCCUGUACAUUAAAUUAAAACUGGGCAUAGUAGAAAAGGAUAAAACUCGAUUACAUGCCCAAUGAAAACUUCGCCCAACAUAAUUUUCUGAUAUUAAAGAGACGAAACAAAGAUCCAAGUUUCAGAACAAAAUUUUGAACCAGUUGCAGUAAGAAAUGGAAUCCCGACAACAGAAAUAAGAAAUUGUCCAAAAAAAAAAA